AUGCGAAGUUCUUGGCUUGCAGUUGGGGAUUUUAAUGACUACACCAGUUUAGAGGAAAGAAGAAACUUUUUCCAAAAUCAAAAUGUUGGUGGAAUCAAUAAUUUUGUGGAUAGGAUUAAUCGAUGUAAUCUCAUGGAUCUUGGCUGCGAAAGACCAAAACUCACUUGGACCAACAAUAGGCAAGGAUUGGCGAAUGUGAAGGAAAGGCUUGAUAGAGCACUCUACAACACAGAAUGGAGAACUAACUUCCUAGAAGAAUCUAUAAGAAAUCUACCUUGUACGUACUCUGAUCACUCACCAAUGCUUGUCUUCAUUGAUGAUCUCUUCAAACACGAGGAUGUGUCUAAUUUGAACAAUUGGAAUAAUAUUGCCAUUAAUGCCUUCACUGAGGAAGACAAUCAUGAGAUCUUGAAACCUAUCACUGAUGGUGAUAUUUAG